UUAUUUUGGCAAUGGCUUGACACGACGUCAUCAGUGCUGCGCCGCGACUCAUUUGAGGAAAUGCGUGUAAUUUUGAUCGCUGCCGUUUUUAAGGUCUAUAACACGAAUUAAAAAAAUUAAAUAAUUAGGAUGUUUUUGAAGUUUUUACGGAUAUGCUCCAACAAUAUCCAGGUAUAUCCAUGUGAAAUGGAUGUUAAUGAUGAUCGAAUGUGUGUGUUAUUUUACUGCGCGUAAAGCGCGCCUUCACAUGAAGAACAGACAUGGAUUUUGCCUUUUCAAGCCAUUCAGAUCUUGUAGUUAUUCAUGCCACACAGCGAAUCAUACCACAAAAUCUUCAGUGAAGCCACUCCCACAGCAAUUCAUCAAUAAAUGGUGGAAAUAUUCCCCUCAUCCUACUGUAAAAGAGGCUAAUUGGAUUUAAAAAGCAAGAAACACUCUUGGGUUAACAACACCUUCUAUGUGACAUACUGCUGUUUAUUGAAGAGGAGAGUGAAGAUAUGAGUGAAUUAGAACUGUACAAAAUAAAAGAUGAAGAUACUGAGGAACAAAAAGACCUGAUGGAAGUGCAAGAGGAAAGUCAAGUACUGAAUGAAGUGGAGGAGAAGCAGCAGUAUCAGGAACCUCAUAAUGUCAGAACUGGAGAAUCAAAAAAUUCUUUCACAUGCCCUCAGUGUGGAAAGAGUUUCACACGAAAAGGAAACCUGAAGAGUCACUUUAUAAUUCACACUGGAGAGAGGCCUUUCACGUGCCAUCAGUGUGGAAAGACCUUCACACGAGAAGGACACCUUAAUAGACACACAAGAAUUCACUCUGGAGAGAGGCCUUACAUAUGCGCUCAGUGUGGAAAGAGUUUCACACGUGAAGGAUACUAUAAGGAUCACAUGAGAAUUCACACUGGAGAGAGCCGUUUCACAUGCCCACAGUGUGAAAAAAGCUUUACAUGUAAAGAACAUCUUAAUGAUCACAUAAGAAUCCACACUGGAGAGAAGCCUUUCACAUGUCCGCAGUGUAAAAAGAGGUUUGCACGUAAAGGACACCUGAAGUAUCACAUGAAAAUUCACGCUGGAGAGAAACCGUUCACAUGUCCUCAGUGUGGAAAGAGUUUCACACAUAAAGGAUACUAUAAGUAUCACUUAAGAAUUCAUACAGGGGAAAAACCGUACCAGUGCUCCCAUUGUGGAAAGGGUUUCACGGUGUAUGGAAACCUGAAAACCCAUGAGAGAGUGCAUACUGGAGAAAAGCCAUUUCCAUGCCCUGCAUGUGGGAAGAGUUUCAGCGAAUCAAGUUAUCUAAAGACACAUUUAAGAAAUCAUUGCCCACAAAGAGAGGUCUCAAUAAGCAAAGUUCAUCUUCAGGCUUCAGUUCCAAGUGAAUAGUGUGAAGUUGUAUGAAUAUGGAAUUUUUCCCAAGUGAGUAAUUUAAUCUAAAGGUGGCUUAAUCUAAUCCCUCUUCUAAUCUUAAUAGCUCCAACAACUGAAAAAGCACUUCCGAUGAGUUUGAAAAAAAAAAAUCGUGGUCUCGUCAAGUGACCGAUGAGCUUUUACUCACACUUCUUCUCACAACUCAGUACUUGGAAAUCUUGUGACAGACCAGCGACUGAAGAGAGUGAGAUUUUAGCUGUCAGCUGUCAGUAGGUUUGACACCCUUAGCCAAAAUCGAGAUGUUUGUAGACGGCUAGCGGGAUGCCAUCUUAAGAGGGAAAGUUUUCAAAAUGCUUUAACCUUGAGGUGUGAAGUUUGUACUUGUUUGACAAAGGAAAUGUAUGGGAGGCCAAAGUUUUUGAUCAGAAAUGUUACUUUUUAGUAAUGUUUUUGUAGUAGUGCUUGUCUUUUAUGUUAGAGUAAAUUCAUUCAUUGUGCAUGGGGGCUUUUAUCAAACAAGGGGAAUAUUUGUCUAUUAUCAAUUUUGUCAAUCAUAGCUGUGAAACAAAUGAAAAAAUUUGAAUGAAAUAAUUUAAAGACAGUCAACAAUCCUUACAGUGCGGUUAAUAAUAUAUCUAUUGAAAUAAAGUAAUUUUGGUUACUCCA